CUCCGCGUACAAAUGUAUGUGUGUCUCAAUGUAAAAUAUCAUGGGUAUAUACUUAUUAAGAUUAUAUAAUUGCAUGUAACUAUAUAUAUUAAUAUAAUAUAUACAUAGUUAGGUAUACAUUUCAAUACUUAUCUAAUACUAAUGUCUUGAUACAUAUGAAAAACAAAUCUUCAACAGAUUAUUGCCAAAGAUUUUAAAAAAGCAAAAGAUGGAUAAACCAGUUUCUUACGAGGAACUCUGUCGGAACCAGCUUCAAGCAAUGUUUAAGAAUGACAUCAAAAAAAGUGGUAGAAACCUCAAUUUCCAACAUAGGCCCAAUAAUAAACCUAUACACAGUCCGGUUCACAGCCAAAUUCAGAAAGUAUUGUACCUUUUGCAAAACAAACACUUCGAAGAAUGUGCUUCAGAACUCGGACGGAUUGACUUAUCAACACUGCAUGCUAUCCUUAAUGACAUUCCUUUUAAACUACUCUACGAGUCGAUUCCUUUGUCUCUUCCAGUUCUUGAUGUGCUCUACACUCGACUAUACCAAAGCACUACACCUGGAUCUGCCUCAUGGCGUCUUCUCUCUCCAGAUAUGCUUGUGCCAAAGUUGAUUCUGUUUUUUGCUGAAGAAUGGUUAGCUUCAGGGAAGGGUGAGAAAAACUGUAACAGUUAUUUUCCGGCAUGCCGAAAUCUUCUGUGGAUGGCUUCCACAGUCGACACAUCUUUGGCUGAUAAUCUCCGAACGGCUAAAGUUACUAUGGAAUCUAAUAUUGAAAAGCUGGGUAAACACGGUUUGGUUCAAUGCUUUGAUGGAUCCUUGAAUAGUUUGCAGUAUUCGUUACAUUUUGAGAUGAACCACAUGAUACAACAAAUGAAGCAAGCUUUAACCUUACUGAAAGGACCACGAGGCAAAGAUUUAACUGAGGCUAUUUCCGAAUCUGCACACCAACGUCUUCUGCAAGUAACAAGUGCUGAACUGGAAACACGUAUAUUCCACAACACAUCCCUUUUGUCUAUAAUUGAACCAGCCACAAAAUGUGAAUCUUUUCAAAAGCUUCUUUCUGAACUGCGUCAAAGAGCAGAAGACGAUAAAAAUGUACUUCGAGAUUACAAAUCUCUUCUACGUAUGAGUGGUCUACCCUGCAACUCUGUACGGCUUGAAACUGUAGCUGUUGAGUUUCAAAAAUUUUCCCACGGCUAUUCAACAGCGUUGAAGCUCCUAAGCGAAGUACGAUCAGAAAGAGGAGGAUCAGACAGUGUAAGUCCUUGGGAAAUGUCUUCAGAGGAUCCUAAUUUAACAGAUCGACGAAAUUUAUGUGGCGCGCAACCUGAUUUACAAGCAUUUUCUGCUGUAACUGGCGCUAACAUAUCACCAGGAGUAAAACAACGAGACAGAGCGAAAAGCUGGAGCAACUCAGUGAAUAAUCGUGUCAGAUUUCGGGAGAAAAAAAGUUGCAGUUUAGUAGUUUCGGCUGGUUGGCAAGCGCCGAGAAAGCGAUUAUCUCGAAGAUACCGGCAAAGAAGCACCCUGGACGACCUUGAAGAGCUCAUAGCACCUACCACCAGUUGCAGUAGCUACUGCACUGGUGGGGAUGACGUUGGCGAAAUCCCAGAGGAGGAAGAAGUACUAGUGGACAAUACUUUUCAUUCAGAAGAUGAAGACGACGAGAAUGACAACCAAUCAAGAAUGAUGGGGAUCGAGUCUAGAGACCGGCAGUUUCUACAACGGGAGCUACACAACAUGAGAAUGGAGUUGGGACAAGCCAGAGAAACAAUCUGCAAGCUACAAGAUAGGGAAAAGCAACUACGUGACAGAUUAUCGGAACAAGUUCAGAAACAGUUUACCAUCACAAACAGCCAUUUUGAAGAUUUGUCUUUGAAUGAAAAACGACCAACAGAACUUAUCCGUCUCUAUGGUAACCUUUAUAGUGAAACAAGAGUGGAAGCUGCUGAUGAUCUUGAUUCUAUUCCAGAAAUAGCCCAGUAUGAUAAUCUCAAGACAAAGAUUCUAUUCUCUGUCGUUGUGUUGGCUUUUCGUUCAACACUCAACUCUUUGUUGGAUUUAAAAAGUAAAGUCCGAGAUUUACUUCGUAUUCAAGUCAGUGACAUUAACAACCAAAGUAAUGACCUGCCAUCUUUAACACUGGAAGCUGAGAUUGAUGAUUACAUAAGGAAGACUGUGGACCGUUAUGACUGUUCAGCUAAUGCUGAGGAAGUUUGCUCCCAAAUAUAUUUGACCUUGUAUGAUUAUCCAUGCCUCCGCCAAAGUUCUGGUCUAAGACAGUAUAUUGAAGAAUGUGUUCGAGUGUCUUGGGCAUUAAAUGUUCAAAAUCCACGCUACAUCAUCAGCUAUGAUUCACGGACUUUCAAUCCAAACUUUCAUACACGCUUCCAUACAUCAGAUUCAACAAGUGAUGAUAUUCUGGAAUUUCUUUGGCCAACACUUUUGGAAGGAAACAGUACCUGUUGUGUUUUUAGAGGUGUUGUCUUAACAUGAUUUUAAUAUCCGUAUUCACUCUUCUACUAAUGAAGAGGGAUUUAUAGUAAACUUUGACAAAUUUGUCCUGUAAUGUAAUAUAGUGAACUGGGUGCUUUAAAAAAAAAGAAAAAUGAGUGUAAAAUAACUAUGGACCAGAAAUUUGAAUAUUUUUUUAUUUUUAUAUAAAUGAAAAUGACCUACUUUGAAAAUCAAAAUGUAUGCAAUAGUUGUUUUUGAGUCAUGUUUUAUUAUAUCAAGAAAAACUUAACCUUCCCUAAUUUGUUAAUGGUAUUGGAGAAUAGCUUCAUAUGAUAUUUUUACAUAAUGGAGAUGGUGAUAUGUUAAUGAAGACUAAAGACAAAUUAUAAUGGUAGGCUUCCUAAUACACCUCUUCACACUAACACUUUUGAUAGGAUAGUUUUUUUGUUGUUUUUUUUUUCCGAUAGCGUAAUAUUUUUUCGUUUUCUUUUUCCAAGAAACUCUGCCAAGACUCAGAUUUAAUAUACCAUAAUAUUUUACUUUCAAUUCACUGUACAAAAAUCGAAACCAUAAAUGGUUGAAUGGUUUUUAAUUCUGUUGUGAUUCCUUCAUCUGUGCAAUCUUCCUCUACCUCUCAUCACUAAGGUCUACCAAUAAAUAAAUUGCUUUAUCUAUUUACCAUAAACGUACUAAACAAGCAUAAGAAAAAAAUCUAAUAAAAUGUUUGUGUAGCCAAAAUUGUUUUAGGAAAUAUAAAUAAAA